GAAUUCCAAGAAUAACUGAAUAAACUGAUGUUAAUACUUGUUUCGAUUUUGAAUUAAAUGUAGUUAAUCUAAAGCUGAAUAAUAUGGAAUGCCGCCUUUGUCACGACGAAAAAUUGUCAAAUGAAUUUCCAUUUUUUCCUUUGACGGAGAAAUGUGAUCAUGCACUUCUUCAUUGUCUCCAUUGUGCCGUUAAUUGUGUGAAGACAUACCACAAGUGCUCCCAGUGUGAGAUUAUUGUGGAAGAAGACAACAAAGUCUACAGAGAGUAUGUGGAGACCCUGGAAUAUCUCUUUCCUAAUGAAGAAGAAGAAAUGAUCACAGAGAACACAGAAAAUAUUAAAGAUGGUGGCAAUAUUUAUGUGACAACCAUGUCAGGAGAAUCAUUGAUGCUUUCCUAUCAUUGGAACAAGAGAAUUUUAGAUUUGAAGAAAGAAGUGCAAGCUGGGCUUAAGGCAGAACCUGAAAAACAGCGUCUGCUAUAUCAAAAUAAUGAGCUUAAGGUUCGCACAAAUGAUCAUGGUGUAAUGACAUUAAAGGAUUAUAAUAUUCCACCAAACAGUACAGUACAUCUAAUCAUUGUAUUGUAUGCAAUACCUGAUGAUUUGGAAGAAGUUGUCUUUAAUUUUUGUUGGAAAAUACCCGAUAACAGACGUUGCGACUUUUUAGAUGUUUCGGUGUUUGCAUAUAAUAAUGACAAAAACCUUGGUCUUGUGUACUACAAUGAACGCAUUUCAUCCAAGCUUCCUGGUAUAGUCCAUUCAGGUCCUGCACGCAUUCGCCACAGAAUUGGUCACCAACAUGUAAAUGUGAAUCUCAAAAAAAUUCCUGAUCAUGUCCACAAAUUAGUUUUUACACUCAGUGCCAGUAGAUCAUCAAGUAUUUCAGCGUAUCCAUACUACAGGCUGCAGUUUUAUGAUAUUAAUUAUCCUGAUCGACAAUUAAUCGAUGCUGAAGUUGAUAUGCAACUGAAAGAUCACAAGUCUAUCAUUAUGUGUUGUCUAUCACGCAUUACUGGACCAUGGGAGGUGAUUGAAGUAAAGGAAGGUUCUCGUGGAUCUGCAAAAGGUUGUCGCCCUUUGAAAGAUACAAUAAAGUCAUUAAUAAGACAAGGCUUUUUUUGAACGUCCAAUGGUCCGUAUACACCAUACAUCAAUGCCCAUCUAUACACGAGAAAUGGCAAAUAUAGUUUCUGUAAAUUGAUCUCAUCACAUCACAUUUCACAACUGUAAACGUUAUUUUAUAAGACAAUGAUUACAACAGAUUAUAUUGUUGGUAUUCUAAUGAAUAUAAAAAACUUUGAUUUGUCAUAAAUGUGAUGUGCGCUUACUGCAUCACCAUUAUAUAUUACCAGUGUAUAUCAAUAUCAGUAUCACCAUCUCUGAUCGCCAUUCACCACUUUA